GACAUCAUCCCCGGUAAAAUAUCAAUAAAGUUUUCUUUGAGAGCGGCAGCAAGAUGGCAGCCUCCAUGUUGAGGGUUGCCAUGGCGAGCCGGGCCUUCAGCUCGGGUGUCGGGGACGCCCUGUGGAAGUUAGGCCGCCUCAACCACGUAGCGAUCGCGGUGCCGGAGGUAGAGAAGGCCCGCUGCUUCUACCGGGACGUGUUGGGGGCCCAGGUCAGCGAGCCGGUGCCCCUGGCCGAGCACGGGGUCGUCACCGUCUUCGUCGAGUUGGGCAACACCAAGCUGGAGCUGCUGGAGCCGUUGGGCCCUGACAGCCCGAUCCGCGGCUUCCUGCACAAACACCGAGACGGAGGCCUGCACCACAUCUGCAUCGAGGUGGACCAGCUGGCCGCCGCCAUCCAGCGGCUCCGGGAACUCCGGGUCCGCACCCUGAGCCCCGACGCUCGGAUCGGAGCCCACGGCAAACCCGUCAUCUUCCUCCAUCCCAAAGACUGCGGCGGCGUCCUGGUGGAGCUGGAGGAGGCCUGAGGAGAGACGACUGGGGACCGAUGGUGAAGUAAAAACCCCUCCCUCCCUCAGCCCGAUGGCCGGACAACCUGAAACUGAUCUCGACACCUGGGAGUGAAACUGACCCAAACCUGAGCUGGGGGCUUUGAUCUUGUCUGUCUGUAAAGACUACUUAGGAGCAGACACUCCCCCGGGAGCGGCUUGUUCUGAUAACCCAAGAGAAAGAGACUUCGCCUGCGUUUUGUUUCUAAUCCGCCUUAGACUGAAAACCGAAAUCAGUGACGGCCGAACCCCCCACCCCGUUCACUAAACCUUUAAAGGGUUAGAAGUUAAAGGUACUGAGUGGAAUAAGCUACAAGAAAAAGGGAUAGAGCUGGAUGAACACAGCACUGUGUUCAUCCAGCUCUACACCUUGUUAUCUCAGAUUCUCCAACGUCGGCAAUUCCUGCCAUCCCUGUAACAAGAGAAAGGGGUGUGAGAUAUUUACUCCAUGUCCCCUGCGCACUUCCUUGAUCUUGGUCUUUAUAUUUAAACUUCGGAUUCUAUUCCUUCCUUUCCUUUCAGCAUGAAUAAAGGGCAGGGAUGGGUGAUAUUCGUGGUCACCUUAAUUUGGUGUGUUCAGUUUUCCAUUCUUCAGCAUGGAGACAGCUCAGAUGUUGAAUCAGCAUUCUGAAGCAGUUUUAGGAUAUUCCUCUGUAGAUAGUUAUUUGUGAGGCUUAAUCAUGAUCUUGCUAAGCUGACAGAUCACAAAUUCAGGUGAAAACAGCCCUUUGGUGCAGUUUUGCUUAUUCAAGGUUUCAGCUCAGCUGUUAGUGAUUUUUGCCUCUGUGUCAAAAGCUUUCAUGUUCGAGCCUUGUACCAGGUCAUAAGCAUGUAAUUAAGGCUGGUGCUUCAGUACGAUAGUGGGGACUGCUGCCUUUCAGUUAAACCGUGGUGUUUGUCUACCCCAACACUUGGAUGUGAAAGCAUCUUAUACUGUUGAAAAGAAUUGGUACACUCUUCAAUGUACUGGCCAUUAAUUACUGAGCAACUGGCAACACUACACCAAACUAGAUGUUCAUUAUCUGGUUUUUGUUUAAGAGAUCCAUGUAAUAGUCAAUCCUACUAUAGACAGAUCUCUCUGCAGCUGUUAGAUGAAUGGAGAUUAAGUUGUGCUUCUCAUCCUCGUUUUUUUUCACUCUCAUUACCUGCCACAAACCCAGGAGGCAGACAGAGUUGUACAGCACAGAAAUAGACCCUUUGAUCCGACCAGUCCAUGCCGAUCAUAAUCCAAACGAACCUGUCUGCGCCUGGCCCAUAUCUGUCCAUUUCUAAUUCAUGUACUCAUCCAUAAGCCUUUUAAAUGUGGUAACUGUAUACACAUCUACCACUACCUCUGGAAAUUCAUUCCAUACAUGAGCCACUGUGCUUAAAAAAAAGAAACAAAUGACCCUCAUGUCCACUUUAAAUCUUUCUCCUCUCGCCUUAAAAAUAUGCCUCUCACCUUUAAAAAUGCACCUCGUCUUGAAAUCCUCCAGCCUACAGAAAAGUAACCUUCUAUUCAUCUUAUCUGUACGCCUGAUGAUUUUAUCAACCUCUAUAAGGUCACCCCUUCACCACCUGUGUAGCAGUGAAAAAUGUCCCUGCCUCUCCCUUUAACUCCCGAUUCCCAGCAACAUCCUGGUGAGUCUGUUUUGAACUCUUUGGAACUUAAUCAUAUCCUUCACACAUCAGGGCAACUAGAACUUGACACCACAUUCUGAAAGAUGCCUCUCCAACAUCCUGUACAACCUCAACAUGACAUCCCAACUACUAUGCUCAAAAGAUCUGAGCAGUGAAGGCAAGAUAUGUCCUUCAGGUUUCUCCCAGCUUGGUAAACAGUGGUGCUAUUAUACUGCUGUUGAUAGACUUUGCAAUUCCUCCAUCACCACCUGCCUUUCCUCAAAAGUUUGCACCCUUGUCUUGGUGUUUAUUUCAGAUUUAUAUAAGUAAUAAAAUUGAAAUUCGCA